AUGUUAAAAAAAUCAUAUUUAUUUUCUUUACUUUUAUUGUGGAAUCUUACUGUUUUAAUCAGCUCAGAAAGGAUUUCACAAACGAAUUCAAGCACAGCACCCAUGAAGGGCACUGGCCAUAUUCUGAAACGGCUGAGAUGUUUAAUGCAAGAUGUAAAAUACGUUAAAGAACCAAUUCAUGCUUAUAUUGUGCCAACGAAUGAUGCUCAUCAGAGUGAAUAUAUUUGUGAUCAUGACAAACGACGAGAUUACAUAACGGGUUUCAGAUCUGCAGGUACUGCGAUUGUAACAAAUAAUGAUGCAUUACUCUGGACUGAUGGCAGAUACUAUCUGCAAGCAACACAAGAAAUGGAUGAAAAUUGGUUGCUUAUGAAAGAAGGAUUGCCAUCAACUCCGACCCAAGCAGCAUGGCUUUCCAAAAACCUUCCCCCAGGAGCUAGAGUAGGAUUUGAUCCUUCUUUGAUGGAAUAUUCCACUUGGAAGACUCUACAUAAUACACUAGAAGCUUCAUCAAAGUAUCUUAUUGCUGUAGAAACUAAUUUGGUUGAUGUAAUUUGGGAAAAUCGACCACCUAUUUCAAAUGCAUCUAUUAAACCAUUAGAAAUAAAAUAUUCAGGUAAAUCAAGUAGCGACAAACUUAAAGAAAUUUAUGAACAAAUGAAAGAAAAGGAUGCAGAGCUCUUAGUUCUCACUGCACUGGAUGAAAUAGCAUGGUUAUUAAACUUGCGAGGAUCAGACAUUGAUUAUAAUCCUGUUUUUUUCUCAUAUGUUAUUAUAUCAUUGAAUAAAGUUCACUUUUUUGUGGAUGCUCAAAAAAUAAAUGAUGAAAUUCGACAACAUUUUCACAGUGAAAACUUGAAUGUAGAAGUUCAUCCAUAUGAAAAUGUGAAACAAGUUUUAUCUAAAUUGGUAGAAGAAACAUCAAACCAUACAUGGAUUAGCGAUGAUUCUAGUUUUGCUUUAAAUAAUUUAAUACCAGUAAAGAAAAGGCUUUCUGAAAUAACUCCCGUGUCACUUUUAAAAGCAAUAAAAAAUCCUGUAGAAGUUGAAGGAAUGAUUAAUGCUCAUGUUAGAGAUGGUGUUGCAUUAUGUUGUUAUUUUGCAUGGUUGGAAAAGGAAGUACCUAAAGGCAAUAUUACUGAAAUAUCAGGAGCUGAUAAAUUAGAGGAGUUUAGAAAGAUGCAAAAGGAUUUUGUUGGUUUAAGUUUCUCUACAAUUAGUUCAUCAGGACCUAAUGCAGCCAUAAUUCAUUAUCAUCCUUCGAAUGAUACAAAUCGUGCAAUCAGUACUUCAGAGUUAUAUCUUUGUGAUUCUGGGGCUCAAUACAAGGAUGGCACAACAGAUGUAACACGAACUUUACAUUUUGGUGAGCCCUCUGAAUAUGAAAAGAAACAAUUUACAAGAGUCUUAAAGGGACAAAUUGCAGUACGCACAGCUGUGUUUCCAAACAAAAUUAAGGGUAAUACUUUGGACACGUUAGCUCGUAAAUCUUUGUGGGAUGAUGGUUAUGAUUAUGCGCAUGGAACUGGUCAUGGAAUCGGGAUGUAUUUGAAUGUACAUGAAGGACCAAUGGGCAUUUCAUGGCGCCAGUUACCAAAUGAUCCUGGUUUACAAGAAAACAUGUUUUUAAGCAAUGAGCCAGGAUACUAUGAAGAUGGUAAAUUUGGUAUAAGAAUUGAAGAUAUUGUUAGAAUUGUAAAAGCGAAUGUUUCUGGAGAUUUUGGAGGAAAAGGAGCUCUAGCAUUUGAAACAAUUACAUUAGCACCAAUUCAAACAAAAAUGAUUGAUGUACAUAUGCUUACAGAAAAAGAGAUAAAUGUGGUGAAUUCAUACCAUAAGCGUUGUCUGGACACUCUCGGACCGCUAAUGUUGCAAUCAGACCAAAAAGAAGCAUAUGAAUGGUUGGUUAAAGAAACAAAACCAAUUAGUAAAACCAAUUGUGCCUUGUAAUAAAAGCAUUUUGUAUAUGGAUUUAUUGUGUUCAUGUAACUCAUAGAUAAAA